AUGACAAAACACAGCAAGAACAACACCGCGUCCUCCGUGUUCUCAUACGCGGAGUACAAGAAACUGGACUAUGGGACGAAACGGCAACGGUUAGGAAAUGAAUCGAUGCGCCGCUUCGAUGCGUGCUCGCUAUGCUUGCAGCGCGUGCGGGACCCCGUAGCCUGCAGUCAAGGGCACCUCUUUUGCAAGGAAUGCGUCUACACGGAUCUACUGACGCAGAAGAAAGACAUAAAGAGACAGAAGGAGCGGCUGGAGCAGAUGAAACGCGAGGCGGAAGAGGAGAGGGAGAGGGCGAAGGAGGCUGCGCGGGAGCGGGUCCUACUGGAGUUUGAGAAGGGUCAGUUGGGCUUGGGCAAGUCGUCCUUGACCGGCCUCACUACAUCAUCGAAGGAUGACACGAAAGAGCCCCGGGGAGUGAAGCGGAAGUUUGAGUUCGAUGCAUCGACGGUGGAUACGCUCACCCGCGAAGCCGAGGAGGCUGCUCUCCGACAGAUAGAGCGCGAGCAGGUGGAGCGUCUGCGCGCCAAACUCCCCGACUUCUGGUUGCCUUCGCUGACGCCUACGUACACGAGCCGCGAGCUUCCGAGCUCUUUCAAAGACAUCAAGAUACAGACGACGUGUAGAGGCGGGGAGCCAGCACAUCCCUUAUCCCUGAAGAACCUGGUCCCCGUACAAUUCACGUUCUUGGAACGGAAGAGUACUGCACAGUCUGUGGCAUCCACGCCGGCAUCCACGUCGACUGUAUCGGACAGCGCCAAACCGAAAGGCGAGGAGAAUGCCGAGGCGAUAUGCCCAUCAUGUAAAAAGACGCUAUCGAAUAGCAUCAUCAUGUUCCUCAUGAAGCCCUGCUCGCACGUCGUCUGCAAAACAUGUACAGAGUCCCUCAUUCGGCCCUCAAAGCAAUGCGUGGUCUGCGAUAAGGAGCUGGGUGAGAAGGAUAUCAUAGAAUUAAAGCGGGAAGGAACGGGUUUCGCAGGUGGCGGCAUCGCCGAGACGAGGAAGUCUGGCAUAGCCUUUCAGGGAUAGGUUUCGACCGAUCUGCUCUCGUUGUACGGGUACAGACUUAAAAUCUCUGAGCUUUCCCUUGUACCGUUCCCAGUGCGUUAGCUCUGUCAUUUCCCUAUAGGAAUGAUGAUACCGGUUCGAGCAGUCCACGUCCCCUUGCUUCGUCG